CCCACUCAUCCUACUUGAGCUCGCGGUUUAAACGCGCAAACGGCGCGUGGGGCAGCCGCAGCGAUGGCGCAGAGGCGCGUAAGAGGUUGCCUGGGUACCGCAUAGGUCGCCCGCAUGGACUUGGCCACGCCGCCGCAGUCGCCGCAGCCUAAAAAUGUGCGACUCUCUGCGAUUGCCAAAAAGGCGCUCAAGCGAGUGCGGAGCCCGAAGAAGACCUUUGAAUCGCCCCUCGAGAAGCGUAGGCCCGGGUCGCACAGCGACCUGGACUUGGAACACCGCCAGGCGGCCGUGGCCGAGUACCGCGCGGCGCUCGGGCCCGGCGGGACGUUACCACCAGGUGCUAAGGCCCGUCUUCUCGAGAAAUUCAAGCCGUACAACAUCAGCUAUCAGUCCAUCACACGGUGGAACAGGACGCAGCGCAAAGCCGAGGCCGAGGGAGCUGACCCGGUCAAAUCUCGGCGUUCUCUGGCAUCGAAGCGAAUAGGUCGAGCCGCGACCAACACCAAAUUGACCGUGCCUAUUGCGGAGACGAUUUUGGAGAUUAAUUGGAAGUACUGGGGCAAGCUCUCUACUAAAAAGCUGUUGGGCAAGGUGGUGAAGGAGCUGCCCGAUCUCGAUGGCACUUCUGAAGAAUCUAUGCGUCGCUGGUGCAAAGCUCUCGGUGCCAAAAAGCAUAGGCAGUAUAUUAAACCACUUCUGCGUCUGAGACACAAAGUUCAGCGUCUCAAGUGGGCAUUAGAUGAAAUUGAUGGCAAUGGUAUGUUGUCCGACCAUAAGGACACCGUCCAUGUUGAUGAAAAGUGGUUCUUUCAAAUGGAUGACGGUGCCGUGUGUCGAGUCUUCCCAGACGCCCAUGGGAACUACACUUUGCCGCCCCCUCGGAGGCUUUAUCACAAGUCUCGAACACCAAAAUUAAUGUUUCUCGUGGCGGUCGCACGGCCCCGUCCUGAGUACAAUUUCGAUGGGAAAAUAGGUAUUUGGCACUUUGCCAUAGUUCGCAAAGCUAAAAGGUCACAUAAGGCGACUGGGACGGUCAAGGGAGUCACCGACAUUAUGGAGACGUAUACCGUCGAUGCCAAAGUGUACCGCAAAGUAAUUACAGGUAAGGAAGGUGUCAUGGAGGCAAUCCGAGAGAAGAUGUGGUGGUAUAAGAAGGGGUCUGGAAAGCCGGAGGCCGGUCAAGAAAUUUGGUUACAGCACGAUGGGGCACGACCACACACAGCAAAGGCAAAUGAAGAGGUGUUCGAACAAAAGGGUCAGGAGGAAGACUUCUUAAUCACUGUAUGUGAACAGCCGGCACAGUCUCCCGACACCAAUAUGGAUGAUAUCGCCUUCUUCAACUCGCUACAGUCGGAUACGAGCUGUGUUUCUACGUCGAACCUUUUUGAACUGCGAGACGCAGUCAAUAAAUGCUACGAGGAGUACCCCGCCGAGCGCCUCGAAGCCUGCUGGCGCGUCCUGAACGUUAAUCUGCGAGGAAUAUUGGAAACCGAGGGCGACAACGACUACGCGAAACACGUCGGCAACCGGAAACGCGCCACUAAGGGCCUCGAAGAGAUCCGGAAGGUCCCCUCGGACACCAUCAAGAAGGCCAAGCGUGCCUUCAGAAAAUUGCUCGCCCAAUGGAAGAAAGAAAACCCCGACAAAGACAUCGAUGAUGCCUCAGAGUCGGAGAGCAGUGAGUCCGAGGACGAUUAGGGCGCCGUUUGUGCUAGUCUAAGGUCUUUAUGUGUACCGAGCGGGCGAGGGGGCUGGGGACACUCCCUGGUAUUAAGGGAAACCCGCACCACCCCCGUCACGCGCGGCUGGCCCUCCGAGAGUACAGCCCCUCUACCUCGCGGGUUUUAGCUCUCCGUAGUAUCUCAGCUUCAACUCCCCCCCACGUCAACCUCAAGUUGAAGUAAGGGUAGUCAUAGGUAGCCACGGACCCACCUCAGACCUCCUCAAACUCACUCCUACUUCUGCUGGGUUCUUCCGGACGCUUUCAGACGUCUAUCUGGGAGCUCAAGUAGGUCGAGUGGGAGGAAGUACAGACAG